AUGCUCAGCCACCAGCUCGCCCCAAGCGCAGAGCCGGAGGCCGACCCCUUCAGGUCGUGGACGUUCGGGCUGCCUUUCAAGCUCGCCCGCCAGAGCUGCAAGAAGGCGAAGAGAGCCGGCGGUGGGGCGCCAUCCGGCAGCGAGUUCGGGAGCGCCGAAGCGGAGGUUCCCAAGUUGGCCCAGUCUCGGAAGGUUCCAGGGUUGUUAGGUUCGCGCCGGGCCGAAGUACAAUGGAUCCAGAAAGCCAUCGAGAAAGACAUCCAGGACCUCGAUUGGCAGCAGGUCAAGUUUUUCGAUGGAGAAGCGCGCUCUGGAGGCUGCGCAGCAAGGCUUCGCCGGCUAGAGCGCAGCCCCAAACGAGGCGGAGGGGCCGCCCAUGGUUUCACCCGCGAGGCAGAAGUAGAGGUCACGCCAGAGGAAGUCGAUCACUUCAUCUUAGAGGAAGAGGUUCUCAUGGGGCCCACCCAGAUCCUGGAGGCCAAGGGGAAGUUCUGGGGGCAGUGCUGGGGCCCGCUGCAGUUCGGAGCCAGCUGUCCAGUCUCGGAGCUAGCCCUGGAGAAGGGUUGGAAGGAGCACGAGGUGGCCAGAGGCUUUAAAACAUUUCCAGGACACUCAGCCACAGAUAUCGACCAGUGGCGCGCUCGGGACUUCAAUGGGCUCCCAGAGGCAGGUCUCGCGCAGCCCGCGGCCCAUUUAAUCGGCAUCACGAGGCAGCAGGUGCUGCCCGUCCAGUGCUUGGGGAUCCUUUUCUCUCGGCUCACGCCCGUGGCAUGGGUCGAUGGUCUUCGUGCUAGGAUGGUGGCCUCUAAGAAGGCCUCGGUGGAACAGUGCCCCCAGGCCAUCCAGCCCGUCAAGGAUGGACUCAAGGAGUCAGGCUGCAGGCCCUCCCCCAAGUCCGCCCUCCUCUCGAACGACAACGAGCGCAGGCACGUCGAGGUCCGUCGUGCUCGGCUGCGCCUCGGAUGUUAUGCGAGCAGAAAGGACAUUCGGAGGCCCCUGAAGGGACAGAUGCCCAUCCACAGGCACAAUGGGGACCCGAAGGCCAUGGAGUUGCACCAGCAGAACUUAGUCUACACCGACGUGCAGCAGGAUCAGUACAAGGCGUCAGCAAGCCAGGCGAAGCUGCCGCCAGAGGCCCUGGGCCCAACUACUUCCAUGCGCGCCAUGCUCUUGUACAUGUGGCUCGAGGUGGUCAACGCCGAGCCGCAGCUGCGAGAGGGCAUCAGUAUCGCCUGGCCCCACAUCCUCAUGGGGCGCUCCGACACGCCAGAUCUCCGACUUCGAAGUCAAGUCCCACUUGUCCACGCCCGCGGAGCGGGCGAAGUAUUCAGCUUGGGCAACGAGAAGGCCGACGAGCUAGCUGACGAAUCCGCUGCGCGGGCCGCCGUGCCCCCCGACCUGGCCUACAAGGACCUGGCUCGGGCGCGCGGCCUGCCCUUCUUCGCCGGGCGCGGCUGGCGCAGGCCCGCCGAGUGCAGCCGAGACCGGCCCCCCGGGGGCCGCCUCUGCGCCAGCCCCGAGCCUCGCCGUGCCACCAGCUUCAACGAGGACCACUUCCCGCGCCUCGCACGCGGGCCCCUGUGGGCCACUGUCGACGUGCCGCUGGCUGGCUUCCUGGAGGCGCACUUCCACGACUUCCUGGCCGACCUGGAGCUCGGGGGCGACGACAACUUCUGUGCGGGGGAGAGCGUGCUUCCGUGGUUCGCGGAGCUCCACGCGGCGAACGCGAACGCGGGCUCGCACUACCAGGAGUUCGGGCCGCGCGACGACGACUGGCAGACCGUCUACCUCCUGCGCGGGGGCGCCUGGAGCGCGGCCGCGUGCCGCGCCGCGCCGCGGGCCUGCGCGCUGCUGCGCGCGCGGCCCGAGGUGGCGGGGUGCCCGCUGGGCGGCGCGGGCUUCCUCAGGCUCGCCCCCGGCGGCCGGGUGAAGCCGCACUUCGGGGCGGGACCGCGCCUCGCGGCGCACCUGGGGCUCGUCGUCCCCGAGGCCGGGGAGAUCCGGCUCACGGUCGGCGGGGAGCAGGUGGCCUGGCAGGCAGGCCGGGCAUUGGUGUUCGACGACACCUUCGCGCACACGUGCGCCACGACGGCGUCGAGCCGCGCUACGUCCUCAACGUGUGGUUUUCCCACCCCUGCGACCCGGGGGCGCCUGGGCCGCCCCGGCCGGAGUACUGCGCCGAGCCGCGCA